GCGAACUGCAGCACACACACACAAAAAAAGGAAAAAAAACAUUCAGCUCCUGGUGACAUUUUAUAUCCCGGCAACCGCGGCUGAAAAACGGCUAAUUUGAGACGCAAAGAUGCCGGGAAUGAUGGACAAAGGCUCGGAGUAUCUGGGGAAAGGUCGCUCGAACGGCACGAAGAGUCCGUCCAACGCUUCCAACGGACAUUUCUCUGACGAGAGCGGCAGCGACGACGAACACGAUGUGGGGAUGCGGGUUGGAGACGAUUAUCAGGCGAAUAUUCCCGAGUUCGAGCCCGGCGCCACCAAGUACACGGACAAGGACAGCGGGGGGAUGCUGGUCUGGUCUCCGUAUCACACCAUCGUCGACUCCAAGUUGGACGAUUACAUCGCUUUGGCCAAAGAGAAGCACGGAUACAAUGUGGAGCAGGCGCUCGGCAUGCUCUUCUGGCACAAACACAACAUCGAGAAGUCUCUGGCCGAUUUGCCGAACUUCACCCCGUUCCCGGACGAGUGGACGGUGGAGGACAAGGUGCUGUUCGAACAGGCCUUCAGCUUCCACGGCAAGAGCUUCCACCGCAUCCAGCAGAUGUUGCCGGACAAGUCCAUCUCCAGCCUGGUGAAGUACUACUACUCCUGGAAGAAGACCCGGUCCAGAACCAGCCUGAUGGACCGGCAGGCCCGCAAACUGGCCAGCCGGAGCAACCGUGACGACAGUGAUGAGGAGAUGGAGGAGGCCCCGCCCAUUGAAGUCAACGACAGCGACUACGACCCCAACAAGGAAACCAAGAAAGAGCUCUGUGUGUCCACGCCUCAGGCUCAGGUGGAGCCGGUGCCGCCGGGCUCCAAGGUGGCGCUGGGCCGGCGGGAGCACCACACCCUGCAGCACCGGCACCACCAGCGCAGCUCGCGCUGCCGCCCCCCCAAAGGCAUGUACCUGACCCAGGAGGACGUGGUGGCCGUGUCCUGCAGCGCCUCCGCCGCCAACACGCUGCUCCGUCAGCUGGACAUGGAGCAGGUGUCCCUCAAGAGACAGGUGCAGAACGCCAAGCAGAUGAACAGCGGCAUGAAGCACGUGUUGGAUUCUGGGAUUGAAGAGUUCCGACUGGCCGAGAGCAACCAGAAGGUGAACGCCCGCUGGACCACGGACGAGCAGCUGCUGGCGGUGCAAGGCGUGAGGAAGUACGGGAAAGACUUCCAGGCCAUCGCCGACGUCAUCGGCAACAAGACGGUGGGCCAGGUGAAGAACUUCUUCGUGAACUACCGGCGGCGGUUCAACCUGGACGAGGUGCUGCAGGAGUGGGAGGCGGAGCAGGGCACGCGGGCGCCCAACGGCGACGGCGUCACCUCCGGCGAGGAGGGCAAGACGAGCUCCGCCACGCCGUCGGGGAAGAGCACCGACGAAGAGGACGAAGAGGGUCAGGUGACCUCCUCAGGCGCGUCUCCUGCCGCCUCCUCUUCGGCUCAGAUUCCGGUGACGUCCGGCACCACGUCGUCCUCCUCUUCCUCCUCCCUCCACCAGCCCCCUCCCCUCUUGCGGCCCUCUCCCGCCACGCCCUCCCUGCACCGCCAGCCGCCGCCCCUCCAGCAGCAGGCCCGCUUCCUGCAGCCCCGCCCCGCCCUGCAGCAGCCCCCGCCGCUCAUCCGCCCCUCCAACCCCAUGCCCCCCCGCCUGAACCCGCGCCCGCCCGCUCCCAUGAGCCUCGGCGGCAACCCCGGCGAGUCGGGUCCGAGCUCCGCCCAGCAGCCCCCCGGCCAGGCCGUCCACCAAUCGGAGGCCUCGUCUUCCUCCCUCCACUGACCGACCUCAGACGAAGCUUCUGCCGGAAGAAAAUGUUCAAUCUGAAGCUGCUGCGUUCAGGUACUGUGGGAAAUCGGAGUGACUUAAUUUUUUCAGAACUAGGACGGCGAUUUUCGAGGCCUCCGAUCAGUUUUUCUAUUUUCACCACCGGAGAACAUGAAGGCGACACAUUUACAAGGAACACGAUCCAAACUGUUUAUUAUUUGGUCAACAAUAUUUUCAGGGUUGACGUUGGUCUUUCCUGCGGGACUUGAGAUGGACACCUGUUUUGCAGCCUUUAUAAGUCCGUCACAGAAAGUGUGCAGAUUUUUCACGUGGCGUCCCACAGGGUUCAAUCCUGGGGCCACGCUUUUUUCUUUCUUUAUCGUCAUCCCAGUGGUACCGUGUACAUUUCAAAGUGAUUUAUCGGUUUUCAUCAGCAGUUCAUACUAAACGCUGGCUGUUGCAGUAUUUUCUACAGCUAAAUUAAUCUAAUUGAAAUAAAGAAACAGAGUCUAAUAUAACUUUGAAUUAGGUUUACAUUCAAUUGAAUCCGUGUAUCUUCUUACAUUAAGAAAGUCAACAUUUUUAUUGAUUACAUCUCGUUAUCAUCUUUUUUUGAGUCGUCUUAUUCAUCCUCCACCUUCCAGAGUCAUUACGUGUAACAUGUACCGAGUCUCUGACGACUCUCGUGCUCUCUUAUUUAAUUAAUCUAAUUAUUCCAACAACUACCGGCUCCCCAGAGGAUGUUUUUGUUAACCGCAUUUUUCCGCUCCGCCGACGAUUAAAACUCAAAUGUUUUUGCUUCACGUCGUGGCUGCAGUGAACGCCGCGGCCUCUAGGGGUCACUGACAGCUUCUCCAAAGGGCUUUACGACCUCCACUGUGUACGACCCUAAAGCCGAGGGACAAAUGAGGAAAAACGUGAGGCUGUGUGGCGUGUUUUUCUUCAUCAACAAAGUCUCACGUUUACACUCAAACCAACGCGGUGUCAGUCGCGCUCUACACCGACUGACUUCCUGUCUGUGGCUCCUGGCACGAGUCAUCGGUUCCGACUGGAGAAGCGGUCUCGGUAACUACCCGAAAACAUCUGGAACGCCAAAUGAGCACAGUGCAUUAGUUGGGGACUAUUUUUCAGCGGCGGAUUAAUCCACAUUUGGCGUUGGAGUGAUGAAGGAACAUGGCACCCGGAGAAACGGCUCACUGAUGCGUUGCCAUGGCGCGGCGGGGGAGUGCCUGUGUGUUGUGAACAUUAGCGUUAGACAUCCACGUGUACAGUUUGGUUUCUAUUCCACUCAUUUGUCACCUGGACUUAACUUUCUCAGAGUAGCUGUUGUGCCCCCCCCCCUCCCCCUUGAUGAAGAUUCAUUUAGAAACACCUAAAUGUCAUCUCCAUCUGGACCGUGAGCUUCAGGCGUGUUGUCCGUCUUGUUUUUGUUAUUUAUUUCUUCUUCUUCGUCCUGGUGCUACCAGUUUGGAUUUGGUGUGAAAUUAAAUCUUUGAAAGAGUUCUUAAUGCUUCUUUUUGGACAAAUGAGCAUCACAGCGUUAAAUGUAACUGGAGUCACAGUCGAACUUACUUGGAGUCCUUUUGAGUUUCAACGUGUAAAAUGUUGCUGUUCAAAUGUAGCUGCUGAGACGCCUCAUUAAAACGACAUUUGUAACAUUCGACUGUUUAAAUUCUUCACAUCUGAACACAAAUAUAUAUAUAUAUACAGGACUGUCUCAGAAAAUUAGAAUAUUGUGAUAAAGUUCUUUAUUUUCUGUAAUGCAAUUAAAAAAACAAAAAUGUCAUGCAUUCUGGAUUCAACUGAAAUAUUGCAAGCCUUUUAUUCUUUUAAUAUUGCUGAUUAUGGCUUACAGCUUAAGAAAACUCUAAAAUCCUAUCUCAUAAAAUUUUAAUAUUUCCUCAGACCAAGUUAAAAAAAAGAUUUAUAACAGCUGAGUGUUUGUCAAGGCUCAGGAAACCCUUGCAGGUGUUUCGAGUUAAUUAGACAAUUCAAGUGAUUUGUUUAAUACCCUUCUAGUAUACUUUUUCAUGAUAUUCUAAUAUUUAGAGAUAGGAUAUUUGAGUUUUCUUAAGCUGUAAGCCAUAAUCAGCAAUAAAUCAGAAUAAAAGGCUUGCAAUAUUUCAGUUGAUUUGUAAUGAAUCCAGAAUGCAUGACAUUUUUGUUUUUUUAAUUGCAUUACAGAAAAUAAAGAACUUCAUCACAAUAUUCUAAUUUUCUGAGACAGUCCUGUAUUAUUUAUUUAUAUAUAAAUAAUACAUAUAUAUUAUUUAUAUAUAUAACUAUAUAUAUAUUUAUGUAUCUAUAUAUAACUAUAUAUAGAUAUAUAACUAUUUAUAUAUAUUAUGGCAUCCUGUACAUUAUCCCACUUAUUACAGUGCUAGUUACUAAAAAGUAAAUGCCACUUAUCUUAAGGUCACGACCUAAUUAUCUGACAUUAUCUGCAUAAAUCAAGUUAUUCAAGUCCGUCGUCCCGUUAUCGAGAUCUAAUUAUCUGUAGAUAUGAAGCAGUUAAGUGUUGGUCGGGACUGAAAAGUGUCUUAGAAAUAAAGUCUCCGUUAGAUAAAGUGUGGAUCCUUCAUUCACACACAUUAUAUAUAUAUUGUGGUGGUUAAAAUGCUUCAAAUUGUGUGCUUCCACAACAUAUAUAUAUAUAGGGUGUAUUAAACUUUUCCAUUGUGUUAUAUUAGGCUUAAAUUACAUCUAUAAAGAUGAUUGAGAGGGCACACACACACACACACACACACACACACACAGCUCUCUCUGAGACAAGGUUCAAGAACGCCAGACAUCGACCCAGCGGCCUGGUGCUGGUCCAGUCUUAACCGGUAGAGAGGAGACUGCAGAGCGAGGACCGGGAGGAUCAGACACAAUAGGAUAAGAGAGACGAGGGGGGAGACGUCAGCAAGAAACCUCACUUUCCUUAAAGGAACCGGCUUGGACUGGGACAGAGGUCACACUGAGGUCACACUGAGGUCACACAGAGACGAGAAAUAAUAUGUAAUGAGGGAGUGGACCUGCAUUGAGUGUGAGGUAUAAAUAAUAUGUCAAUAUGUUUGUUCGGUAGUUGGGAAAGACGGAUGUGGAGGGAGGUCGUUGUCUUCCAUACCGGACCCAGCUCAGGCUUAUUUGUGAAACUGUUGGUUACGAAUAAAUCUACGUGAAUUGAACUCUGA